AUGUUCCAAUCAAAUUCUGCUGACCGMAUAAAAUUGUUAAACAGCCUUAUUUAUUUGAUUGCAAGUUUGGCCAAAAAAGUUGUUACUCCAGCAUAUAGAGAAGAUUUUUUGACGGUAAAUAUUCAAUUUUUUUUACAUCCUAAUCCUUACUUAGGUUAUGAUUUUGAGGAACAAGUAAAAAAAUUAAACCAAGUCCAGAAACAGAAAAAGUUGUUAGAAGUGUUUGUAUCAAUUUUAUUGUGGAACUGGUAUUUCAACUUCAACAACCAUUGUAAAAGACCCUAUAAACGAUCUAAUGGUACAACUAAUCUGUUAGACCAUUUGAAGAGGAAACAUUUUACGGUGUUAAAUGGUAGUAAUUUGCGACAGCAAAACGAAUAUGAUACAAAUCUACCAGGUACAUCAGGGGAACAAGAACAACCGCAAUCUGCAAGUGUUCUUCCUCAUGGUAAUCCAGUAAUUGCAGUAAGCGUAACCAAUAAUAAUGUUGAAACACUUGAAACUGGCAUGAGACACAAACAAUUAUUGUUGUCUAAUAGAUUUGGUACUCCUUCGGAAAGCCAAGUUAGUGCAUUCCAUGAAGCUAUUGUUAAAAUGGUAGCUGAAAACUCAGGAUUUCGUAACAUGAUACAACUCUUGGACUCCAGAUAUGAAAUCCCUAGUAGGCGAACACUAGGAAGGACAAUAAUUCCUAGAAUAUUUUCAACUGUCAAAAAUAAAGUUAAAACUUUGUUAAACCAAGCUAAACAUGUAGCGAUCACAACUGAUAUUUGGACGUCCAUGAACACUGAUUCCUAUAUUACUAUGACCGUUCAUGUUCUUUUUCAAACUCAAUUGAAAACCUUAGUGUUGUGCACCAAAAAAUUGGAAUCCAGCCAUACUAGUGUAAAUCUAAGUGAAAUAAUGACUGAGGAAUUAAACAGAUGGGACAUAUUUGAAAAAGUUGUUGCAGUGGUCACUGAUGGUGGAUCUAAUAUAAAAGAUGCAGUCAGGCUCAUGGAUCUAUCGCAUUUGCCAUGUAUUGCACACAAACUUAAUUUUGCUGUUCAAAAUUCGCUCAAGUUAUCUGACAAUCAAGAGAUUGGUCCCAGCGAUGAUAUAGAUGAAAGUGACCUGAAGGAAUUAUUCAAAAAGUGUAGGAAUAUAGUUGGCUAUUUUCGGCGUAGCGAAGUAGGGAACAGAAUGUUGGUUGAAAAACAAAAACAGCUUGGGUGUGAAUCAGUGUUGAAACUAAAACAAGACAUACGUACUCGGUGGAACAGUACAUUUUUGAUGUUAGAGAGGCUUAUAAAACUGAAAGAACCACUAACAAUUGUAAUGAUUUCCAUAAGAGAAGCUCCUAGUAACCUUAGCCCUGAUGAAUGGAGCAUCAUUGAAGAUAUAAUACCGUUAUUAAGACCUUUUGAUAAAUUGACCACUGAGCUCUCUGCAGAACAAUAUCCAACACUUUCAACAAUAUUAUACCAUUGA